UUUCCAAAGAAAAGUAAAUGACAAAGCGGUUUUUAACUUAUCAUCAUCAACGGCAAACGGCAGCAAUUAUUUACGCUGGAUAUCACUUGCUUUAGAAGGUAAUUUUUCAAAUGAGUGCAAAAAAAUAACAAUUAAAAAAAAGUGAAUGCAGAAAUCAUUAAAAAGAAUACAAAUAGAAUACUCAUAAAAUGGUCAACCUAAGGACUCGUCACCAUAGCAGCAUUCUCUUGCAAUCCUUUUUAGCACUUGCAUUCCUCGUAAAUAUCGUAAAACCGCAACUAGCGUGGUCUCCCAUCCAGGUUGAUUCACAAAGUCAAGUAGAUUUAUGGACCAGAAAGUCGACAGGGUGUCCGUGCCUGUGGAAGCAAGACCGCCAGCAAAACCACUCGCUGUACUCGGCAUCUUUAGUUUUCGAGAACAAUACCGUCGUGAAUCUCGACCGACGUCGCCGGGAACAGGAGGAAAAUGUGUGCGCAUGUUGCGUCAAGGGAGGAUGUCAAUGUGGUGAUGAAUCACCGACAAGAUGCGGUCAAUGCGGACUCGAAUAUCAUUGCACGAACAUGUGCAACAUUACUUUGGACGCGAAAGCGCUUCAAAACAGCUCCGGAGCGACUUUCGGUCAAAUCAAGUCGCCCACGUUACAGGGUCCAGCUGUUUGUAAAUAUUUGCUCAAGCCGUCGCCAGGCCAACGUGUCGAGUUGCAAGUGUAUCGUCUCAUCUCGGUGGGAAAGUACAACGGAAAAAAAUGCGAAGGCGGCUACCUUCGUUUCGGCGAAAACGACGACGAGUUCCUCGGUGCCGAAUUGUGUGGCGCCAACGAGCGAUAUGCGCCGCCAGCUGUCAUCUUUUCCGACGAAGGAGUAACGGAGCUCGUUUUUCGCAUCACCGAAAAAACAUAUCGCUCCCAAUUCCUCGCAUUCUACAGCUUUACGUCGCUCAGCAACCCUUACGUGGGUUUCCAUCCGCGUGGCGGCACCCGCAUCACCUCGACGGAAUGCGACUGGUCGUACAGCGACUUUUUGUGCAAAACGCCGGGCAAAUGUGCGAUCGCCAGUCCCGGCUUUCCGGGCAUCUAUCCGCCAAACAUCAAAUGUCGCUACUACAUCAGCACGUCGUCCAUCCACACGCGCAUUAGAGUUACAUUUAGUUCGUUAUUGCUGCCCGAGGGGCAUUGCGACACGCAUUACGUGGCGUUGUACGAGGGCGAGGAAAAACAGCAUUUAGGAGAGAAGCUCGCCACCGUUUGUGGAUCGCAGAAAGCCGAGUUGCUGUUUCCGGGUCCGAAGUUAGUGUUAGAAUUUAAGUCUGGAUACCAAGUGCCUCCCUUCGACUACAACGGGUUCGCGGCGACACUCGAUUUCGUCGAUGGACCUGUGACAACGCAAGCUGCUGCGAUUCCGCCGCCCGCACCGCAACACAUCCAACCGACAAAUCAUCCGGCAGCAGAUGCAAGUACGACAAAAACAUUGUUUUGUAACGUAACCCUCUCCCCUCCGCCAGCUCGUAUUUGUAAAUGUUUUGUGCUUUUAAUGUUUGUUAUACUCCACCCACCUAUUUGUGUUUUUUUUCCUUUUUUUCCUCUCUUUUUCUCGCUUCCCCGGACUUUAGCUAAUGUUGCUCACCUUUUGGCAGCUCAAGUACCCACCCAAUCGCCCAAAUACACACCCUGUGAUAAAGUCUUCAACGAAGCAAACGGCAGAAGUGGUCAUUUCGAUACGCGCGGCAGACCUUUCGCCUCCAAUUGUCGUCUCAUUUUCAAGGGAAAGUCCACGGAUAUCAUUCACGUGUCGAUCUUCAAUUACCGACUAAGAUCCCAGGCAUGUCGUUCCGUCGUGGAAAUCCUCGAUGUGACACGACACGGAAAGCAGUCUUUGUAUAAAAUGUGCUCGCCAACAACACGGCAUGCCAGAGAUGACAAGGGAAAUUUCGUGGAGCCACUGACUUUUGUGUCGACUGGCAACCAAAUGAUCAUAAAUUUGAGGAGAGUGAAUCAGGGACCAGAUCCGAAUGAUGUCGAGUUUAUCGAUGGUGCUUACAUGUUUCAUGAUGAGGGCGUCAUGGGAACCCUAGCACCCGAAACGCUUUGCGACACGUAUCACUACGGACUCAGUAGUCCCGAAACGGGCGUCAUCGAAAACCCCGGAGGCGAACAUCUCUUCUGGAACGUCGAGGGAAUCCUCAAUUGUGCCCAUCACUUCAUCCCGGGCGCCAAUCAGAGUGUCACUGUACGAAUCGAAGCACUCAAUAUCGUGGAAACACCGACGAAAUGUGACACGGUAUGCGGCGACAGCGGCUGCUUGUGCAUCACAAAAGACAACCUGCCCAUCGAACAAGUCGAUCACAUUGUGAUGGUGGUGCAGGAAAAUAGGUCAAUUAAUUGCCUUUGUGGCAACUUUCGUUCGGAGUUUCUGCCGAUUUCGUUGCGAUCCUGGAGUCCCGUCAAACUGGAAUAUAACGUCGCCAAAUAUUCGUGGAACAAAAAAGGAUUUGCCUACAGGGCGUCGUACCAAUUUCAUGUGGAUGCCCAGUGUGGCCAGAAAACAUUUACAUCGCAUUCAGGAGAAAUAAUUCCGAGCGAUUUUCGAGGCAUAUCACCGUUAAAUUCGUUUUAUUUCCAAGACUGCACGUGGAUACUCGACUCCAACCUCGAACGACAACUCUUCGUGGAGAUAAGGACGGAGCAAAGUAGGUCAUGCCAAGCGUGGAACAUCACGUUACACGAGUUCUCGCCGUUAGCUGACGAGCGUUAUCAUGCUGGACAGGAAGUAUAUCAUUUUUGUCCUCGAGAUAAAAACAAGGUGUUUUCAAUGGCAUGGAAGCUUAAUACUGUGGUACUGAGAGUGCAAGUAAUGACAAGAACUGCCCCAGUUUAUUCACUGAAAUGGUGGUCACAAAUUGGACCAUCUCGUUUAACGCCAACGCCCAAGGCAACGGUAUCCGCAUCAUCGUGUCUCGUGAGUUGGACACAAACUAUCAUUACACUUCUUGCAACAACUUCCCUCUAUUACUGUAGAACAUUUUUUUAAGUUAUAGGAUUGAAAAUUAAUAAUAAUAACACCAACGGAAAGUAAACAAGCCACGGGCUUAAACAACUUUAGAAAACAAUUUGUACAAAAUGUCUGUAUAAAAUAAUUGCUAAUAUGAUUAUUGUUUGAAUGUUUUAAAUGAUCGUUAUUAUAAAAUGUUUUAUAGAAAUGUUUGUAUGAAUGUGAGAAUGCA